AUGCACAAGAAAUGCGCCAGCACGCGAAACGCGCCAGCAGUGCAAAUUUCCAAAUCUGAUCAGAUUCGGACCAGAUUCCGAAUUCACCUGGUCAGACGCGGAGCUCGGAUCAGAUUCGGAAAUCUUCUGGUCAGACAAAUAACGAUUUACCAGAGUUGUCGACAGUUUGUCGACUAUCGACAAUGAGCGAUUGUCGACAAUCGACAUUGUCGAUUGUCGACAAAAAAUAUUUUGUCGACUAUCGACAUUCUGUCGACAAGUAAAUUGGGCAAGUGUUGUCGAUCGAUAAUUUGUCGACAGUCCGCGCAUUUUUUGUCGAUCGACAUUAUUUUUGUCGAUCAUCCCCUUCGAUAAUCGACCCGACAAUUCCUCGAUUUUCGUGUCGACACGUCACUCUAAUUGUCAGCUCUGGAGACCGUGAUAUAUAUAUAUAUAUAUCUAUUUGAAAUUUUCAUAAAUAAUAAACAGGUUUCACGAAUAAACAGGUCUCAAAUAUCUAGAAAAGUUAUCUAGAAAGUUCCAAAGAAUAUACAGGUAGACGACAUUUUCUAAAAAUUGGAACCUGAGAACCUGGAUCCUGCCAUUAGAACCUGAUUUCUCAGGUAGAGCCAAUGAUUUCGUAUUUGUCAGUCUUGUCCUUUCGAUCGAUUUUCCGAUUGCUUGCAGUUCGGCUACCUUCACCGCGACAUCAAACCCGGAAACUUCGCCGCCGGACGCAAAGAAUCCAACGAGCACCACACAGUCUUCAUGCUCGACUUCGGUCUCUGUCGCGAGUUUGUGAAGCGCGCCGAGGGGAAGGACAUUCGUGCUCCGCGCUCGAGUGCUCCGUUCCGCGGCACGACUCGCUACGCUCCGUUGUCGGCGAUGCAGCAGCAGGAUCAGGCGCGCAAGGACGACCUCGAGAGCUGGCUCUACAUGGUCGUCGAGUGGACUUCGGGCGGUCUUCCGUGGCGAAAACUGAAGGCGCACGACCGAGAGAAGGUGUUGCAGUACAAGCAGGACGUGCGCAGCAAGCCCGACGUUCUCGACGACUUUUGCUACAAUUGUCCGAAGAAGGAGUUCACUCGCAUCCUCAAGGUUCGCGCAUAACUAUUGUCGCUUUCCUCAUUUCUCGGUUUUUUUUUCAGUACGUGGAUUCUCUUGGAUACUAUGCAGUUCCCGACUACAAAUUCAUCUACUACUGCAUCCAGCACGCGGCCACCGCCAACAAGAUCAAGGACACGGAUCCGUUGGAUUGGGAGCCCGACCGCCCGUACAUUGGGCCGAUCGAGGUGCCCGGCGACGGAAAAGUGAUUGAUUUGGACGUGGAGGGCGGCGCGUCGACGAAGGAUUUCUCGAAGAGACACGCGAAGGAGAAGGAUCAGAGCGAGGCGAAGAGAAGCAAAACGCCGAAGAAGGACAAGACGGAGAUCAAGGAAGUGAAGAAGUGA